CCCUCAUCUGCCUUCCCCGUUACUUUCUCCCUCUGUUGCCUCAACCCCUUUUGAAGCUCCUUUUUCCCAGUCAUCCACUGGGACAGCCCUUCCUUUGGGAGCUAUCCCUCCCCCUGCUGACACCCCAACUUUCCUACCAAACCUAAUGGGGCCUCCCAUCUCCCCAGCUGCCUUAGCUCUGGCCUCUCCCAUGAUAACUAUGAAAGGUGCUCAUUCCUCUUCAGCUCCCUUGUCUCUGGUGGCCCUGGCUCCCCACUCAGUUCAGAAGAGCUCUGGCUAUCCACCUAACCCUUUUAGUUCACCUCCUUCGGUUGCAAUGGCUGAAUUGGGAUCAGUGACAUCUCCGUCAACUCCCAUUGCUUCCACAAAACCAGAGACCUCUCCCAUUCAGACUUCCUCUCAAGUAGUCCCUAAUCCAAAAGAUAUCCCCAUCCCUCCAGGUAUAGUCAGUACUAUUCCUUCCCAUCUUGUAACUCCUUUGGCCUCUGUUCAAUCUGGAAUAGCCUCAUGUCCUCAGAUGCCACCUGCCACUCCCCUGGACAUCCCUUCCCCUCAGGUCAAAGGUAUCCCUGUUUCCUCAGCUCUGACUUCUCCACAAAAUCCAAUAAGUCUCAGCCUGAAGGGACCCAUUAGUCCACCUGCUGCCUUAUCUCUUUCAGCUCAGUCUGUGGCCCCUGAUGUCCCCCCAGUUUUCCUCAGUUCUCUGGGCUCUCACCCUGCACCUUUUCAUCAGAGUUCUCUUGGUUCUCCAGUCCCACCUUCAGGUCAAACAGUCUCUAAUGUUCUGUCAGAUCCUAUAGAAGAUACUGUUUCUGUAGAUCACUCUUCUACAGGUGCCUCUUGCCCUUCUCAGAGAUCUGUGAUUCCUCCCCUUCCUUCCGGAAAUGAGAUGGUUCCUGCUGGUGAGGUGGUUCCAGUGGGGGUUCCAACUUCCCCUUUGGCUCUGACUGUUGACAGAGGCCCCUCUACCAUCACUGGCAUAGCCUCCUGCAGCCCUUCUGGCUCCUCAAAUGUAGCUACCUCUUCUCCCUCAUCUCCUACAGCCUCUCUCAUUCUCAAAGACUCUCCUAAUGCUACGCAUCAGCCUUUGGUGGCCCAAACUCCUGCUGCUUCUCCGGGGAGCCUAGACUUGAAGAAAGCUCCUGUUUCUUCUGUUGGAACCACUCCACUUGUGAUGACUAGCCCCUCUACAAUUUCUGCAGCACCUGUUACCUUUGAGGUAGCCACUUGUGUCUCUCCUCCAAUUUCAUCAGGUCCCAUAAGAAGUAAGGAUUCAUCUUAUACUGCCAUGGUUGUGGCUCCCAAAGAGCUUCCUGUUUCUCAAGUAACCGCCACUCUGGGGAUACCAGUCUCUCCACCUGUGCCAGCUCCCACUGAGGACCCCAGAUGUCUCCCUGUUUCAGGAUUAGUAAAGUUCCCAACACAAGGUCUCCAAACUGCACCUGCCUCUGCUAUGGGAGUUUCAUCAGCCCUCGUAGCCCCUAAAAAUCCCCCCUGUCUCCAAAGUACAUCAUCUUCUCUGGAGAUAGCUCUUUCUCCUGAAGCCACCUUAGCAAAGAAAAGCUAUGUAGAGCCUCUCCCCGUAGUUAAGCCGGGCAGUGCUACUCCCUCUCCUCUGGGUGUUAACUCCCCAACUUCUACAAUGAAGACAGAUUCUUAUGCAAACCCAGACCCCAUUAGUCUGCUUUUCAAAAGUUCUCUCACUACCACAACUGAAGCUGCAUUUCCUUUGGAAAGUGCUACCAUUGAUGGGAUGGCUCCUACAACUGUCAAAGGAACCUCCACUCUUACAACUACAGCCAGCCCUCUUACAGAAGGCACUGUCUCUUUAGCUUCUAAAAGCCACCCAACCAAAAAGGGUAUUUCCACUCUUACUACUUUACCUUUGAUCCCUCCAGCCUCUGAAAGUUGUCCUGUGGCUCCAGCUGUAACUUUAUCUCCCCAGAAUCUUUCUCCUUCUCCAGCUACUGUGGCACACGCCCCUGAAACUCCCGCAUCUGAGUCCUUUCCCUCUCUUCCUCCAGCUGGUACUCGUCAAGGUGCAAAGAAAGUUCAUGGUAUUUCUCAAACCUUACCAUUGGCACCUAUGACAUCCUUUCCUGAAGGGUGCCCAGCUGAGGACUCUGGUGCUUCUGUUACUGCAUCUUCCAAAGGAACUUUCCUAGCUGACUCCCCAUCUCCUUUAGGGACUAGUGUGUCUCCUCAGUCUAAAAGACCUCCAACCAAGAAGGAUUCAGCUUCUACUACUACUACCUUAAGUCUUGCUCCUUCUGUUUCUAAAAGUGUACCUGCUAUCCCUGAUACUUCUGUUGGAAAUCUGUCAUCCCUUAUUUCUCCAGUUGAAGCAUCCUCUCUUCCAGAGGCCAGUCUUUCUUUUCAUGUCCCUAAAGGAUCACUAGCCAAGAAGCAUUCCCCUACUCCACCAUCCCCCGAAGAGUCUCCCAUUCCCCCACCUGUGGCUCCUCCUUCUCCCAAAGGAGGACCAGCAACCCUAUCCCCUAAAGAGACCCUCACUCCUCUAGCUAUGGCUCCUUCCCUCAAAGAAGCCCCAGCAACUCUGACCCUCAAGGAGUCUCCCACUACUCCAUCUCCCAAAGGGGCCCAUGCUUCCCCCAAAAGGAGCCCAGCAACUGCAUCUCCCAAAGAGGUUCCCAUUCCCUCAGCUGUGGAUCCUCCCUCUACCAAAAUGGGGCCAGCAACCCCUUCCCCUAAAGAGACCCAUGCUCCUCCAGCUAUGACCCCUUCCUCCCCAAAAGGGAAGCCAGCAAUUCCAUCUCCCAAAGAGGCCCCCACUCCCUCAGUUGUGGCUCCUCCUCCACCUAAAGGAGGGCCAGCAAUCCCAUCCCCUAAAGAGACCCCUGCUCCAGCUGUGACUCCUUCCUCCCCAAAAGGAGUCCCUACUCCCCACAAAAGGGGCACAGCAGCCCCAUCUCCCAAAAGAGCCCCACCUCCAAAGGGUGACCUCAUUCCCCCAGCUGUGGCGCCUUCCCCCAAAGGGGACUCAGCAGCUCCAUCUCCCAAAGAGGCCCCCGCUCCCUCAGUUGUGGCUCCUCCUCCCCCCAAAGGGAAGCCAGCAACUCCAUCCUCUAAAGAGACCCCUGCUCCUCCAGCUGUGACUCCUUCCUCCCCCAAAGGAGCCCCAGCAACUCCAUCCCCCAAGGGAGCCCCAGCUACCCCACCCCCCAAAGGGGCCCCAGCAGCCCCAUCUCCCAAAAGAGCCUCACCUCCAAAGGGGGACCUUACUCCCUCAGCUGUGGCUUCUUCCCCCAAAGGGGACCCAGCAACUCCAUCUCCCAAAGAGGCCUCCGCUCUCUCAGUUGUGGCUCCUCCUCCCCCCAAAGGAGAGCCAACAACUCCAUCCCCUAAAGAGACCCCUGCUCCUCUGGCUGUGAAUCCUCCAUCCCCCAAGGGAUCCCCAGCUACCCCACCUCCCAAAGGAGCCCCUGCUACCCGCAAAGGGGCCCCAGCAGCCCCAUCUCCCAAAAGACCCCCACCUCCAAAGGGGGACCUUACUCCCCCAGCUGUGGCUCCUUCCCCCAAAGGGGCCCCAGCAGCCCCAUCUCCCAAAGGAGCCCCUGCUACUCCCAAAGGGGCCCCAGCAGCCCCAUCUCCCAAGAGAGCCUCACCUCCAAAGGGGGACCUUACUCCCCCAGCUGUGGCUUCUUCCCCCAGAGGGGACCCAGGAACUCUAUCUCCCAAAGAUGCCCCCACUCCCUCAGUUGUGGUGGCUCCUCUCCCCAAAGAGGGGCCAGCAACCCCAUCCCCUAAAGAGACCCCUGCUCCUCCAGCUGUGACUCCUUCCUCCCCCAAAGGAGCCCCAGCAACUCCAUCCCCCAAGGGAACCCCAGCUACCCCACCUCCCAAAGGGGCCCCAGCAGCCCCAUCUCCCAAAAGAGCCUCACCUCCAAAGAGGGACCUUACUCCCCCAGCUGUGGCUCCUUCCCCCAAAGGCGACCCAGCAACUCUAUCUCCCAAAGAGGCCUCCACUCUCUCAGUUGUGGCUCCUCCUCCCCCCAAAGGAGAGCCAACAACUCCAUCCCCUAAAGAGACCCCUGCUCCUCUGGCUGUGAAUCCUCCAUCCCCCAAGGGAUCCCCAGCUACCCCACCUCCCAAAGGAGCCCCUGCUACCCGCAAAGGGGCCCCAGCAGCCCCAUCUCCCAAAACAGCCUCACCUCCAAAGGGGGACCUUACUCCCCCAGCUGUGGCUCCUCCCUCCCCCAGAGGGGGCCCAGCAACUCGACCAUCUGUGGCUCCACCUUCCCCCAAAAGAGCCUCUUCAGUCCCCAAAGAGUCUCCAGCAACUCCAGGCCCCAAAGGGGCCCCCACUGCAUCAGCCAUGAUUUCUCCCUCCCCUAAAGAGUCUCCGGCCCCCAAAGAAGCCUCAGCAACUUCAUCCCCCAAAAGAGCCCCAGCUACCCCAUCCUCCAAAGGGGCCCCUGUUUCCCCAGCUGUGAUUCCUCCCUCCCCCAAGGAAGCCCCUACCUCCCCAGUUCCUGUCACAUGUCCCUUGGGGUCCACUGCCCCUCAGGCAUCUAAAGAGCUCCCAGUAAAGAAAGGCCUCACAGCUCCCAAAGUUCCACCAGCCAAGAAGAGUUCUGCUGUUUCACCUCUUGCAUGCCCAGAUCCCUCAGUUCAGAAUGGUACUAAGGGACCCCCUUCUACAGUGGCUCCAGUCCCUCUCCUAACAGUCUCCACUCAGAAAGUUUCUGCUCCAAAGACUCCAAAACCCCUCCCUAUUUCUCCCUUAAAAGGCAAAGAUUCUUUUCAUUCCCCAAAGGGCCCCUUGGCUUCUGAGUCUGAGACAUUUACCCUUUCAGCAACAGAUGCCUCUGAGAAGGUCCUUCCUAAAGCUGGAUCAGCAUCUGUCUCUCCAGCACCUACUCCAUCAGUCUCUCUGCCUGUUGCUCCCUCCCCAGUUCCCCCUCUGCUUCCUAAACAGCAGUUUCUGCCGUCCUCACCCGGGCUGGUGCUGGAAUCACCCCAUAAGCUCUCAGCCCCUGCUGAUGAGGAUGAGCUGCCGCCUCUGAUUCCCCCGGAACCAAUCUCAGGGCGAGUGCCUUUCCAGCCGGUCCUCGUCAACAUGCCCACCCCCAAACCUGCUGGGAUCCCUGCCCCAACCCCCUCUGCCAAGCAACCUGUUCUGAAGAACAAUAAGGGUAUUUGCCUUGGUUUGCCGUGUGCAUGGUGUGUUGCCCACAACCCUCCUGGGGGCCACCCACCAAUACUAACAGUAGGAUGCGCCGCUUUUUCUGGUAUAUCUGCUUGUGUUUGGACAUAGAACAUAGAAUGGUGAAUUUAAACGCAAAAGCUCUAGGAAUGUGAAACAGAAUCUUGGUUUUCACCUCAGAUAGUCGAUUGUAUAUCCUCUUGUGUAAUGUGGUCCAGACUAACCCUGGGUUUGCUGUCGUUUUUACCUAACUGAUCUGAUGUUGAAAACCAAGACCUACUAGACCUUUAAUUUGCUCUAAUCUCUGUCACAUCACUAACCUUGUCCCUGGGCCUGGGAUUUGCUUAUCUAUUAGGAAAUCUGGAACUAUCUGAAUUUUUCACUUCUUAGACUUAGUAAUAACCAGUGCCCAGGGACUCCCUUUUCUUAAAAGACCUAUUUUUCCUAACCUGAGAAUGGUACAGGUGUUUGCUUUUUCCUUCAGUAGUCUGUUGAUGCUUGGCCUUUCAAUUGAGGGAAACUUAAAAUAUGUGAAUUAUGUUUGGAAGAAAUGGGAGAGGUCACAGGGCAGUACCUAGCAGAAGUGACUAUUAGAACUAUAGAUUGGCAUCAUUGAGUAAAACCUUCAACCUAUGUUAGACCAAACUGCUGGGGUAAAUGGUUUGAAAAUAAGGCUAAAUGUGUGUACACAACUGCUUCUGGCCUCACCCAACCCACUUUAAAGGAUGAAGGGAAAGUGUAUCCUCCCCCAACCCCAGUCUUCCUCCACAAUGUGAUCUUACUGUUUUUUUCCCUUAAAUAGUAUUUCUGGAGGCACCUUGUCUGCCAGAACCUUUCUGGGAUGAUUGGGCUGUUGGGUAGAAUUUGGGAUUAUAUACAUCCUUGGUAUUUGCCUGUGCCAAGAAGUGAAGACCUUGAGGGAAAGGAAGCAGUUACAGUAUACUAACUGCUCAGCUGUAUCUAUUAAUUCAUUACUUCUCAGGUCUGGGGCUGGGUCUUUAAUGGAUGUGUACACACUAGUUUGUGACUAAAUUGGGGGCUGUCAGACUGGCUUCAUACAAGUCAGUUGGUUUACAUUUAAUUUUGUGAGGUCUAGCUUAAGCUAUUGACCUCUAGUCUGAGCAGGCCAUGGUGAGGUGCCUCUUGCUUGUAAUCUCUACUCUAAAAUAGUAAAAGUUAUUUGUCA